GAGACCCGUCACUGGAUUAGUGUAUGAUCACGUGCAUGGUUGGCUAUACUGGGGAGAAUUAAACAGUAAGCAUACGAGUAUGGGACUCAGGCGAGCUGAAAUACAAUCCAGCACAUCAACCGAAGUCAUACCUGCAUUUAGUACCUACUAUUUUGAUCUGGACAACACCUUCCAUACUGUGUACGCGGUGGACAAGGACAGUCAGAACGUGAUCAAGGCUGACUUAUCAGAUGGAGGGGUUAACCCGACGGUCAUUACGGGCCUGACAGAAUCGGGUGCCUACGGUAUAAAAUACGACAUCAUCUACAGACGGAUUUUCUGGACAAAUGGAAGGAUAAUUUGGAAAGGAGACACCGAUUCGUGGAUAGGCAACGGUGGUUUAAGCAAGGAAGAGUUCGUUGAUGUAGGGGCUACAGCUGAUAUCAAAGACUUAUACAUCGACCAUGCAGAAUGCCGAAUAUACUGGUUUACUCAAGAGGGCGUGAUCGAAUCAAUACAAUUAGACGGCACCAAUCGUCAAGUCCACUACUCCAACCCAUCGACAAACUAUGCUCCACGUAUCAUCCAAAAGUUCGGCGAUAUCAUGUACUGGAUUGACUCAGAGCGUCGCGGUCUCGGCGCCAUCAACCUCACCACUGGAGAGGAGGUUGGCUUCGCGGGGGCGCUCCUGACGAACGGAGCAGAUACCUAUCCUUUUUAUUUAUGGAAUGGAUUCACAAUCUCACGCACGGGAGAAGUCAAUUUUUGCUACUUAGUCACGUGUCAAGGAGGAGGAACAUGCACCAAUCAGGAGACAGAAGCCGUGUGUACGUGCCCACCUACUAUGACAGGCGCUCGAUGUGAGAUAGAUAUUGACGAGUGUUCUGCAGAGACCUAUCCGUGUGAUCUAGCUCAAGGAACAUGUCAUAACACACACGGAUCGUAUGAAUGCGGAUGUGAGAGUGGUUAUUAUAUAUCAACAGGAACACAUUGUAUAGAAGCAGAAAUCUGCGAUGUAGAUGAUGCCUGUUUCCAUAGAGGAUCUUGUGCUAAUGACACAUGUUUCUGUGUACUUGGCUUCCUUGGACUCAACUGUGAAAUAAUUGACUGUGAUACGAAUCCAUGCAAAAUCGGGUCUACAUGCAGCAACAAUGAAUGUCUAUGCCCAUCUGGAUUUAAAGGAAGUACAUGCGAAUCAAUUGACUGUAUCAACGACCCAUGUAUGAACGGUGCUGUGUGUGAAAACAACUCAUGCAAUUGCCCGGAUGGUUACACUGGACUCACGUGCUGGUAUAAGAUCCCGGAUUAACCAUAAACCGUUCCUGGCUUUUUACCAAGCCAUUAAUAUUACUAUAAUAAUUGAACCUUUAAUACUGCUUAUGCUAUCAUUUUGAACAACAACAAACAAUAUGCUACUUCGUACCAAGAUAAUGUUGGCCUUAUUUUAAGCCACAAAGCUAAUUUAUUCCCACUCUUGCAACUACAUCUAUUCGAAACUAUGAGAACUCCUUUCUCAAAGGACAUUAUGUAAAUGGAAGACUAGGCCUGUUUUUUGUUUUCCUGGCUUCAAUGGAAACGAAUUCAAGUAAAUAAAUAAAUUAGAAAUAAACAAAAGCAACAAG